AUGCGUUCCAUGGCUGCCGCUGAGAAUGAGAUCAAGAUAGGCCAGGUCGACGACGUCCAGGAGCUGCACCGGACGGGCCUGCCGACGGUGCCGGAUCGGUACAUCAGGGACAGCGACGACCGGCCGGACGGUGACAACGUCUGCGUCGUCGCGCACAUCCCGGUGAUCGACGUCGGCGAGCUCCCGCGCGGCGACGAGCUGGACAAGCUCAGGCUCGCCUGCGAGGAGUGGGGCUUCUUCCAGGUUGUCAACCAUGGCAUCGCGCACGAGCUGCUGGACGAGAUGGAGAAGCUGGCGAGGGAGUUCUUCAUGCUGCCGCUGGAGGAGAAGGAGAAGUACCCCAUGGCGCCGGGCGGGAUCCAGGGGUACGGCCACGCGUUCGUCUUCUCGGAGGACCAGAAGCUGGACUGGUGCAACAUGCUGGCGCUGGGCGUGGAGCCGGCGUCCAUCCGGCCGCCGAAGCUGUGGCCGACGGCGCCGGCCGGGUUUAGGGAGACCCUGGAGGCGUACUCCGCGGAGGUCAGGAAGCUCUGCGGGAGGCUGCUGGCGCACAUCGCCGAGACGCUGGGCCUGGCGCCGGCUACGUUCGGCGACAUGUUCGGCGAGGCUGUGCAGGCGGUGCGGAUGAACUUCUACCCGCCGUGCCCGCGCCCGGAGCUCGUCAUGGGGCUCAGCGCGGUCACCGUGCUCCAGCAGGACAUGAGCUGCGCCGGCCUGCAGGUGCGCAGUAAGGCCGGCGCCUGGGUGCCCGUCCACCCCGUCCCGCACGCUCUCGUCGUUAACCUCGGCGACACCCUUGAGGUUCUGACGAACGGCAGGUACAAGAGCGUGGAGCACCGGGCGGUGGUGAACGGCGAGCAGGACCGGCUGUCGGUGGUGACGUUCUACGCGCCGGCCUACGACGUCGAGCUGGGACCGCUGCCGGAGUUCGUCACCGACGAGGCGCCGUGCCGGUACCGGAGGUUCAACCACGGCGAGUACAGCCGGCACUACGUCACCAGCAGGCUCGAGGGCAAGAAGACGCUCGAGUUCGCCAAGAUUAAUCCGCCGGCCGGAGAGCACAACGCCACGGCUCCUCAGGAAACCUGUACCGGUAGUUGCACAUAA